AUGGCAGUGCUGGGGCAGGGCGCGGGGGCUGCGCGGCGCCGCGGGCGGCUCCCGCCGCUCCCUCUGCUGCUGCUCGGCCUGGCGGCAUUCUUGCCAACAUUUACAUACUCAUUGAAGGUGUCUCCACUCAUAGAAAAAAUAAGUGAUCACAAGGAUUUUAAGAAGCUUCUCAGGACACGGAAUAACGUACUAGUGCUCUAUUCCAAAUCUGCUGCUGCUGCUGAAAGCUCGCUCAGGUUACUGUCCAGUGUGGCCCAGGAGGUGAAAGGACGAGGUACUAUAAGCUGGAUAGACUGUGGUGAUACUGAAAGCCGAAAAUUAUGCAAGAAGAUGAAGGUAGAUCCUAAUUCAAAGGAGAAGGGAGUGGAUUUACUCCAUUAUAAGGACGGUGCAUUUCAUACUGCAUAUAACAGAGCGGUCACAUUGAAGUCUAUGGUGGCCUUUCUCAAGGAUCCAGAAGGUGCUCCACUGUGGGAGGAAGAUCCUGAAGCUAAAGAUAUUGUGCAUGUCGACAGUGAAAAGGAAUUGAGAAGACUUCUGAAGAAGGAAGACAAGCCCCUUCUGAUGAUGUUCUAUGCCCCAUGGUGUGGUGUUUGUAAGAGAAUGAUGCCAUCUUAUCAGCAAGCAGCAACAGAACUCAAGGGUAAAUAUGUUCUUGCGGGGAUGAAUGUUUACUCUGCUGAAUUUGAAAGGAUAAAGGAAGAAUUCAAUGUCCGGGGAUAUCCUACAAUCUGCUAUUUUGAGAAAGGAAAGUUCCUGUUCAACUUCGAGAACUUUGGUGCUACUGCAGCAGAUAUAGCAGAGUGGCUGAAAAACCCACAGGCACCUCAGCCACAGGCUCCAGAGACUCCCUGGGCAGAUGAAGAAAAUGUAGUUUAUCACCUGACCGAUGAGGACUUCGACAAGUUUAUAAAAGAUCAUUCAUCUGUGCUAGUGAUGUUCCAUGCACCAUGGUGUGGGCACUGUAAGAAAAUGAAGCCAGAAUAUGAGAAGGCUGCAGAGUUUCUCCAUGUAACCAGUGAUAGUCCGGGUGUCCUUGCAGCAGUCGAUGCUACUGUCAACAAGGCGCUGGCAGAAAGAUACCACAUCUCAGGGUUUCCUACUUUGAAAUAUUUUAAAGAUGGAGAGGAGAAAUACACUCUGCCACACCUCAGAACAAAGAAGAAGAUCAUUGACUGGCUGCAAAAUCCUGAAGCACCACCUCCACCUGAGCCUGCAUGGGAAGAAAAACAGACCAGUGUUAUCCACCUUGCUGGAGAAGACUUCAGGGAGUCCUUGAAGAAGAAGAAGCACACCCUUGUCAUGUUCUAUGCACCAUGGUGUCCCCACUGUAAAAAUGCCAUUCCACAUUUCACAACUGCUGCUGAAGUCUUUAAAGAAGAUCGCAAGAUCGCCUACGCUGCAGUGGACUGUGCCAAAGGACAGAAUCAUGACCUGUGUAAGCAGGAGGGGGUUGAUGGCUACCCCACCUUCAACUAUUACAACUAUGGGAAAUUUGUGGAAAAAUAUACGGGAGAUCGAGGGGAGUCUGGAUUCACCACUUUCAUGCGAACCCUGAGAGAAAGAGAUCAUGAAAGAGUAGGCAAGAAGAAGGAUGAACUGUAGUUUUUGCCUCAAAAGAAGCUUUCCGCUGCACUGUGAAUGGUUCCAGGUCCUUUGUUGAUGCACCUGAGACUUCACAUAUUCUCAAGACAGAGACUUUUUUUUUAUAAAUAGCCAUGGCCAUUUUGUACAAUUUUGAAAUAAAGUGAAACCACUUGAUUUUUAAAAGGAAAAUAAAUUAGAAUGUUGCCAUAAUGUUUUAAAGAAAACUUAGCAUUCUCUCUCAUGUUGGGAGACUAUGCCCACUGACACUCCUAUGCAAUAUUUUUGUAGUCUGUAGCGUGUCUGUAGGUGAUGUUGUUUGUUAGGGUGAAAUUUUUGUUCCGGUAUUGCAGUAUAUGUAAAAAACAAAGGGGAGGGGACACGGUUUGGUUUGGGUUUGUUUUGUUACAUUUUGUUUAAAUCAGUCCAGGAAAAUGGGAUUUGUAAGUCACAGAUUUAUUCAAAUGCAGUUUUACAUUCUUGUGAAAUAGUUAUGUGUUUGUGACUGAGAUUUGGGGGGAACAAUUUUAAGGUGCUCAGGGAUAAAUAAGGUAUCUGAGUUAAUGAAGACAUUAACAUUGACCAGUCCAGAUCUGUUAAUUUCAUUUAAACCUCUCUGGUCUUUAAAUCAGAACUGUUUACAUACCUUUAUAAAAUGUAUUGAGUGAAUUAAGCCACACAUCAAAAAUCAGCAGAGCAUGGGUGAAAUGAAAAACCCUCCUUCUUUGGCAUCAAUACUGUAUGUAUCUGUGAGUUAUGGCAGGAAUGAUUAUCUUAUAGAGGUACAUGGUUACUCUUACAGGGAACACAGUCUCCCUUCAAGUUAUGAUUGGGUCAUAUCAAAUAUCUGUUGUAAAGUGUUAUGUUCAGCUGUUCUGAUAAAUGCAUAAUACUAAAUGCAUAAUACUUAUGGUAAUGCAGUAAUUGUGUGUAUUACCUGUUUACAUUCCAAAAGUUUAUCUUCAUUUGUAGGAGGGAUUUUUCCUUUUUGCUCCUUAAGGAGUUGCACAAACAAUCUCUCUCUGACAGUCAUCACUGUAAAACCUGUAUCAGCAGCAGUUGAAAUGUGUUACACUUUUGAUGCUUAUACAAAAAAAAAGUUGAUCUGGAAGUACUUCUGUCUUCACAGGAGGGGAGAGGGAGGGGCAGGAUUCACCUUGAACUAGAAAUAAAUUUUUAAAAAGACAAGUAUUUUUAUCAUUAAUCAGCCUUGUUCAGCUUCUUCCCCGCUGGGCCAAUGACCACAGCUGGUGGUGGCUUAGGAAGAGCCGGUGCACGCAGGACGAGUUCCCACUGCCCGUGGCUGGGACAUCCCAGCCUUGGGGAGUGCUGGGCAGCACUGCAGGUGUGUGGUGGUGUGAGGGUCAGCCUCCCUCUGCCCUGGCACUCCAGGGGGCACAGAACAGCUUCCCACAGCAGAGAGCUGUGACCUGCGUCUGAAACAUUCCUCUUGCUCCUCAGUCUGCCUGUCUAGUUUUCUUCUAGUUUGGACCUGCAGGCCGUGCUGAGGGGCUGCUCAGGAGGUGAAUGGCAUCUUAUCUCCUUCCUGGGUGUUUUUUCCUUCCCUCUCUUGCCUAAUUAAUGGCACUGUAUAUUUGGCACCGUUAAGCUGCUGAAGCCGUUAGUGAGUAUUGUGGAAUACCAGCAGCCUGAUUGGCCUUGUAUGGUAGCCAGCUUGUUAACCAUGACAUCAGUUGGAAUGGCCAUGGAGCUGUGCCAAGUAUCUUUUCUUAUUAGGCACCUGAUGAGCCUCUUCACCCAAAAAAAUCAGCUGCCUGAUAGUACAUAAUGUUAAAAUGUAAAAGUAGCUUAAUUUAUGAAGUCUCUUACUCUGUUUUUUUCCCUUUCAAUUAGCACAGUUACUUAUGUUGUGUAUAGCACUUUUACAGAAGAUCAUGGUAAUUCUUUAUUUCAAGCUAUCCUCACGUAAGUAGCAGGCACUCCACCCUGCAUUUAGAAAACUACAUAUUGAUGCCAUUUGAUCUCAAACAGGAAUUCUUCUGCUUUUAGCGAACUAUCAAAUAUGAUCAGUCCAGAACUUGCUGCAUCUCUUUUGAUCUCGGAGUCAAAGCAGCUGGCACUAACGAAAUAACAGCCUCCAGAAAAUGUUGAGCAUUUCUGUGCAUAGGCUGUGCCUAUGUUUGUGCUAAUUGGUGAGAAAUGUAGACUUCUUCAAAAAUAAGAAAGAAAAAAAUGAUAGCUUGCCAAUGGUGACUUCACUAGUCAGGAUCAUUCUGAAUUAUAGGCUUUAGUAAAUGUUUAGGAUAAGACAAUUGCACACUGUGCUUCAGACUAGUAAUUCCUUACAGCCGGUUACACCAUAAUAAAAUCAGGAAUUCUCAUUUUUCCCUUCA